GUUCGCCAGUCUCGCGAUAUGUGAGUGCCGGUUUCUCGCCCCUGUAUUAUAGCUGCGGAAACCCCAAUCAUUCUUCCUUUCUCAACAUGGCACCGAAGGCGAAGAAGGAAGCUGUCCCUGCCAAGACCGAGGCCAAGGUGAAGGCCCUGAAGGCCAAGAAGGCUGUUCUGAAAGGAGUCCACAGCCAGAGGAAGAAGAAGAUUAGAACCUCCCCAACCUUCCGCCGCCCCAAAACCCUGCGCCUCCGCAGACAACCCAAGUACCCCCGGAAGAGUGCCCCGCGCAGAAACAAGUUGGACCACUAUGCCAUCAUUAAGUUCCCUCUGACGACAGAGUCUGCCAUGAAGAAGAUCGAGGACAACAACACCCUCGUCUUCAUCGUAGACGUCAAGGCCAACAAGCAUCAGAUCAAACAUGCAGUCAAGAAGCUCUACGACAUCGACGUGGCCAAGGUCAACACUCUCAUCCGGCCUGAUGGUGAGAAGAAGGCGUAUGUCCGUCUGGCUCCAGAUUACGAUGCGUUGGAUGUUGCCAAUAAGAUUGGCAUCAUAUAAACGGCUGCUGGGGAGAUGUACAGAGGAAUAAAAGUUUGUAAAAACGUACCACUCUCUUGUCCUGUAUGUUAUUGGUUGAUUAUCAUCUGUUCUGUUUGGUGGGAUGUUCUGAUGUGAGUUCUCUAUAAUAUUAAAUACAUCUGUUAUAAAGCUACACACAUCCCAUGACUUGCAGGUGAUUGGUGCAAGAAAUUAACUAACAAUUAAUGGAUGGAUACCUGCACAAUUAAUAUUUCCGUUUUGGUGUUGAAAUGUUGCACAAUAAAACAUGUGCAUCCUUCA